UCAACGAGGAUGGUAGACUUCAACCUAAGUGGGGUUAUUUAAUCCUAGCUAUUGUACCAGUUGUUUGUAUACUUGGUAAUUGCAUGGUGGUAGCAGCUGUAUGGACAACAAAAAGUCUACAAACGCCAACAAAUUAUUUACUGGUUUCGUUGGCGGUGGCAGAUCUAAUUGUUGGAACGUUUGUCAUGCCGUUCAGUAUAUAUCUUUCGAUUAACGAGCUUCAUUGGCACCUUUCACUGACUGUGUGCCAUUUCUAUUGUGUAGUUGACGUAGCAGCCAGCACCUCUUCAAUAAUUCAUCUCGUAUUGAUAAGCAUCGAUCGAUUGGUAGCCGCUACAAAACCAUCUGAUUAUAAAACAAUGAAGCACAGAAAACGGGUCUAUGUUGCUAUCGUUCUCACAUGGGUGUUUAGUAUUAGUAUUUCAACCCCUUUAGGCACGACUUUAAAUAUUCGAACUGAGUAUUUCCUUCUCACUGAACAUCAUUGUGGCAUCUACAAUCCCAUGUAUAUGUUGGGAAGUAGUAUCUUUGCAUUCUACUUACCUUGCUUUGUCAUGCUGUUCACCUAUGGUUAUACUUUCUACGCAUUACGAAAACGACUUCGAGCUAUUCAAUUACAGGAAAUGGCAGGUGGUCAAUUUCUUGGAUUUGGUGCCGAUGUUGGUAAUAUCGCAACAUCUGCAAUGCAAUCAAUUGUCGGAAUUCCACCAAAAAAUCGCAAUAUGAUAUCAUGGGAGAAGCCGCUGUUGAAAAAAAUCGAGGAAACGGCUGCCGAACAUGCUAGCUCGCUGGACGACAGUGAACGUGAGCAGCUGCAAACGAUCCUUGAAACUGUUCAUCCUUCAUCAUGUGGAAGUGGGGAAAACACGGCAAUAGAAGACGAUAUUGAGAGACCGUCUUCAGUCUUACUUGAGGCAGUCACUCUUCAACGCGAAAACUCACUGUCUGGCUUUGUGUUGGAACUACCGCAGCCAAUGUAUGCCAAGAAGUUUGUAAUUUUGCUUUAG